AUGGUCGCUCCCCGUGUCUUCCUCGACUUUACUCUCGACGGCGCUCCCCUCGGAAGAGUUAUAUUUGAACUCUUUCACAUCUCCGCUCCUAAAACAGCUGAAAAUUUUAGAGCACUAUGCACAGGAGAACGCGGCGUGUCCCCCAGAUCCGACAACCCGCUUUAUUACAAGCAUAGCAAGAUACAUCGUGUCAUUCCGGAUUUCAUGAUCCAGGGCGGCGACUUUACAAAAGGAAACGGAACGGGUGGCGAGUCUAUCUAUGGUGCACCGUUUGCAGAUGAGGAUCUGUCGCGGCCCGUUGAUGAGGCAGGCCUCCUCUGCAUGGCAAACAAAGGCCCCAACACCAACAACUCCCAAUUCUUCAUCACACUCCGCGCCAGCCCACACCUAACAGGUAAACAUGUUGUCUUCGGACGCGUAAUCCGCGGGUUCGAAGACGUCAUCAAGCGAAUUGCAGCUGUGGAAACGGAUGAGAAGGAUAGACCGGUUGGGGUUGUGGAGGUGGUGAAUUGUGGAGAGUUGCAGCUUGUUAGGAGGGUGAGUAGGCCGGAGGUGGAGAAGAGUAGGGUGGGUGGGGAGGAGAGGGAGGGGGGGAGAGGGAGGAAGAGAAGACGGUCGACUUCCCGUUCGCGAUCUCCGUCGGUUUCUCGAUCUAGGACAAGGGAAAGAUCCUACUCGCGUUCACGAUCACGAUCACCCGCAUCCGAGAGUGAUAGCGAAGCCGAACGUAAAAGGCGUAAGAAACGCUCUCGGGAGGACAAAAAGGAAAAGAAGGAAAAGAAAUCCAAGAAAUCCAAGAAACGAAAACACCAUCGUUCCCAUUCUCCUUCCGCGUCUGGCUCGCGUUCUCGAUCCAUCAACUUGCCGAACGGUGGGACGGAAAAUAAAGGAGCCCGAGAAGAAACAGAAGAAGAAUACGACGCACGCUUGGAACGUGAAGAACGCGAGAGGAUCGAGGCUGCGCGGUUGAGGGAGCUUGCUGAGAUUAAGAGGCGGUAUGAGGAGGAGGCUCUCAAAAAGAUGGAGAAGGAGAAGGAGAAGAGUGGGGGUGUUAGGUAUAAAGGCCGAGGAAGGAUGAAGUUCGUUGAUCCGGAGAUGAGGUCGAGGCGGUAUGAUUGAGC